AUGUUGUUGUUUUACUCUCUCUCUCUCACUCUCUCUCUCUCUCUCUCUCUCUCUCUCUCUCUCUCAUACACACACACUAUUAUUAUUAUUAAUGAACAACAGCAACUAAGAUUUUUGACUGUUUUCUUCAAUUUAUAUCGAAGCUUUUUUUUUUCUUCCUUUCCAUUCUUAUCAUAUCUAUGUUUCCAUUUACCAUUUCUUUUUUCCUCUCUUUCUCAGUUUUUCAUUCUCAUUUCUUUUCCUUUCUUUCUUUGUAUCUCUUUUUUAUUGUCUUUUCACUCUUUUCAUUACUUGCUGUCUUCUCAGUCUUUCUUUUUUUUCAUUUUUCAUUUCCCUCCUUUUUCUCCCUUCUUUAAAUGUCUAUCUAUAUUCUCCUUCUCAGUUUUCUUUCUUCUUUUGCUUCCUUUCUUUCUUUCUUUUUUUCUUUUUUCUUUCUCUUUUUCUUAUUUUGUCUAUUUCUUUUCAUCUCUUGUUUUCACCUUCCUGGCCUUUCUUCCUCUUUUUCUUUUUCCUCUUUUUCCUUUUUCAUUUCCCUUCUUCUUCUUCUUCUUCUUCUUCUUCUUCUUCUUCUUCUUCUUCUUCUUCUUUUUUUUCUCUUUUUUCACUUCCUUUUUCUCUCUCAUUCUAUGUUUUAAAGCAUGUUUCUUCUUUCUAAAAAUGUCUAUCUUUUCCUUUCUCAUUCUCUUUUAUUUACCCUCUCACUUUUUCUUCCUCCUUUUUCUUUGUUCCUUUCUUUUCAUCUCCUUUUUUAAUUUUGUCUCUCUCUUUUCACCCCUCCUCUCUCUCUCUCUCUCUCUCUCUCUCUCUCUUUGUAUUCUCUUUCCCAGACUUUCCUUCACACUUUUCCUUAUUUAUUUUUUUGUCUUUCAUUUCUCCUCUUACCUUUCUUUUCAGUCCUUCAGGGUUUUUUUUUCAGUUCUCCUUUCUUUCUCAUUCUUUUUUUCAAAUUUUAAUCUGAUUUUCUUUCAUCUUCCUUUCUUGUCUCCUCUUUCUCUUUAUUCCACCAGAAACCUUUUUAGAUUUAAUGAACCUAAGCACCAAAAAUUUCAGAGCAUGCUACAGACUAAUUGA